GAGUCUAGUCUUUUUAGCAGAACUCCACUCGCUAAACAUGUCAGAACUACACUUCCCAUCAAGGGUCAGAAAGAAACUUCCGGCACAGUCUUUUCCCAGCAUUCCUUGUUUACUUCCGGGUUUAUUACUACUGAAGGAAGAACGCCAGAUCAAAAAAGGGAGCUCAGGUACCUUCCAGAAAGUGAGACCCAGCGCCCUCGUCUCGCUCCCCGUACUCUUUCAUCCCCGCCAUGGCGGAGCUGAUCCAGAAGAAGCUGCAGGGAGAAGUGGAGAAAUAUCAACAGCUACAGAAGGACUUGAGUAAAUCCAUGUCGGGAAGGCAGAAACUUGAAGCACAACUAACAGAAAAUAAUAUCGUGAAAGAGGAACUGGCCCUGCUGGAUGGGUCCAACGUGGUCUUUAAACUUCUGGGUCCGGUGCUAGUCAAACAGGACCUGGGGGAGGCUCGGGCCACAGUAGGGAAGAGGCUGGACUAUAUCACAGCUGAAAUUAAGCGAUACGAAUCCCAGCUCCGGGACCUGGAGCGGCAGUCAGAGCAACAGAGGGAGACCCUUGCUCAGCUGCAGCAGGAGUUCCAGCGGGCCCAGGCAGCAAAGACAGGGGCUCCUGGCAAGGCCUGACCCCAUGGUGGGGGGAGGGGAGGGGAGGGGAGGGAAUGAGGCAGCUCUAGGAUCUAUACUGUAGCUAAUAAAAUGUAAAAACACCUGG